GAGAGAAUACUGCUGUCAGUCUACCUUUCUUAUGACCAAAUUCAAAGGAAUUCCACCCUUCUUAACAUAGCAGGGCUGCAGCGCAGGAGGCCAUUCAGUCCAUCUUAUCUGUAACAACCCUGUCAGAACCCCACGCCCCCGCAAAUGCUUAUUCUUCAGGUAGCUAUUCAAGUAUGUUUUGAAAGCCUAAAGAAAAGGUUCUCCUGUCGUCGCCAACGUUUGCUGGAAUCUGCUUCUAGAACAUUCCGGGAGCUCACCUGGUGACGUCAGGACGCCGACGUCAGGUGCGUUGCUCUCGCAAGAUGGCGGCUGUCCUCAGGAUGUUCUGAAGUUGCGGUAAGAUCCGACCGUAUCCAGCAGCUCAGGAUGGACGACAGCUCCCUGUCGGACUCUGAGAGGCUGUCGGGGGAGCGCUGGGCUCCGGUGGGAGCGGUGGCUAGCCCCGAGGAGACGGAGAGGGCUGCCGUCCCCACCGAGGUAGGCCUGGUAUGCGGCGGCGCUGGGGUGGCGGUGAUGGCGGAGAAGAUGCAGCGGCUGGAGAGCGAGCAGGAGCUGCUGAACUCCUCACUGCUCGCCCUCACCUCGCAUUUCGCCCAGGUCCAGUUCCGCCUCAAGCAGAUCGUCAACGCUCAGAGCGACGAGAAGGAGCGACUGUUGAAGGAGCUGGAGGACUUCGCCUUCAAAGGCUGUCCACAACCUUUUAUCACCCGGGCUCUGGACGGGCAGCAGCUGGACAAUGCGACUGAAAGGGAAAAACUUGAAAGACUUGAGGCCCAACGGCAGAAACAGAAAGAGUUGAUUAUACAGCUAAAGACACAGCUGGAUGACUUGGAGACGUUUGCUUACCAAGAGGGCAGCUAUGAAUCCCUCCCUCAGUCAAUAGUCCUAGAACGGCAGCGGGUAAUCAUCGAUGAAUUAAUUAAGAAGCUAGAUGUAAAUCUAAAUGAAGAUUUUAGCAGUUUAUCACCAGAAGAACUCCGACAACGUGUUGAUGCAGCAAUUGCCCAAAUUGUGAAUCCAGCAAGAGUGAAGGAACAGCUGGUGGAGCAGCUUAAAACUCAGAUUUGUGACCUUGAAAUGUUCAUCAACUUUCUCCAGGAUGAGGUUGGAAGCCCUCCGCAGGCUCAGAAUGGAAAGUGCACAUGCAAUGUGCAUGGAAUGAAAGAUUCUCGGGCAUCAACUGCAAAACUGUCAGGUGGAAGGCAUCAUGUGGAUCAAGAAACAGCUAGAACGAUGAGAGAGACUGGGUUAAACCUUGUGCGCAGAGCAUUGGCAAUAUUGCAAAUAUUUGCUGUUAGUCAGUUUGGAUGUGCUGCUGGUCAGAUCCCACGUGGAAUGUGGCAGCCUUAUGAAGCAGACAAGAACUACAGUCCUCUGUUACUGAAACUAGAAGGUGCUGUCGAUAAAGUGAAACAGCUGGCAUUGAGACAUCAGCAGGUUGACGAGCAUGUAAUCAGUAGCCGUGACUUUUAUCUUGGGAAGAAUGAACUUCUAACAGCUGUACGAAAAGAAUUGUCAAUAGCUCUCCGAGAUCUGAUGAGCCAUGGUUUAUGUGCCUCCUCUCAAGGAAUGAGUUUGGUCCUAGCACCAAUUGCGUGCCUCCUUCCCUCAUUCACAACCUCUCCACAAACCAUGCAUCCCUGGCAACUUUUUGUGAAGUACUAUAAUACCAGAAAUGGUAGAGCUUUUGUAGAGUCUCCUGCUCGCAAGCUGUCUCAAUCCUUUGCCUUGCCAGUGACUGGGAGUGGCAUUGUAACUCCGAAACAAAGUUUACUUGCUGCAGUACACACUGUGCUCACCGAACACGAUCGUUACAAGCGCAGUGCAGAUUCGGAGUUUAAGGCCUUAAUAUGCAUGGCAUUGAAUGAACAGCGUUUGGUUUCCUGGGUAAACCUGAUUUGUAAAUCAGGAACACUUAUCCAGAGCCAUUACCAGCCAUGGAGCUAUAUGGCAUCUACUGGGUUUGAGAGUACACUCAAUUUACUCAGUCGUCUUAGCAACCUGCACUUCAGCCUUCCGGUUGACACUGCAGUUCGACAACUAAAAAAUAUCAAAGAUGCUUUUUAAGGUUUCCUGUGUAUAUAUUUUAUCCUAUGAAAGAUUAAUUGUAAAUGUUUAGAUCCAUUGCAAGAUUAUACCUCUUGCUAUGAUUACAUGGCCUUGACUGAAAGUUUGAAGAAUGAUGAAUCCCAUAAGAUCAAUUACAAUUGUAUUUUAAAUCAAAGAUAUAAAUUACUAUUAAAACUUAAUUGAUGGGAUUUUAAUACUUGUAAAAUUACAGGUUGCUCAUCACAGUUCUCAUUGAAAUAUAGGAUGUUCUUUCCUGAACAAUGGUGUUAUCAGCAACUUGUGAUUAUGGCUAAUGUUAUAGGAAUUGUGUGACAUUCGCACACUACAUUGCAAAGUUUUAAAUAUAUUACAGUUAGAGCUUAAAUUGUUAGUAUAAAAGAAACACAAGGGAAUUGUUGGGGUUUUUUGUUUUUUUUUUCAUUGAAUACAUGCAAUUACUAAGGAAGGAUCUUUGAACCUGUCACUUGAUGUUUGUUACAGUUACUAAUUGUCAGCUCGGAGUUUUAGCAGUAACAAGAUAGGACAUCUGUAUUGGAGCCUGGUCAAAAAAGCAUCCGCAGUUUUUGUGGGAACUGGAGAAGGCCAAAUAACCCUGAGCCCAUUCUGCCAAUUCUUAGAUUCAUGGUCAUCAUGUGAUUGGCUUCACAUUCCUUAAUUACAAACUCAAACUUAUUUGUGAGGCCCCAUGUUAGAAAGGUCUUGUGAUUCCUGAGCACUUUAAGUUUGGAAGCAAGUUUUGUUUUCCCCUCAACUUUUGAAUUUCAUUUUUAGCUUUUAGUUUUUGCCUUUUUCAUUGUCUCCCUGUCUAUACACCAGUUUUUGACCAGUCAAGGUGGUCAGGCAUGCUACUUUGGGAUGUGUGCAAGGUUUCUUUAAGGAAUAUGGCUUCAAAUUUAAUCUUUCAGUUUAAAUAAUGUAACACUGUACGAGGUAAAUUUACUACUCAUCCGCAAAUUGCCAUUCCGUGGCAUUUAACAGUGUAGCACGAUUUAAACUGUGUAGCCUGUUUCAAUUGUGCUUGUUGAUUCUGUAUUUGUCAUGUAUAAUAGUACAGUAUUUUUGGACCAAGGGUGUGUACUGUGUUUUAUUGGGACAAUGCUAUUUUCUUUCAGACAUUAUAUUUUUUCAAGGAUCAACUAGAGCCAGCUGUAACUUAAUGGAUGUGGUUAGACAAUAUCUUAAAUGGUUGGGUUACAAAUAUUUAUUAGUUUAUUUACAGUUUAUGUAAGAACAAUGUAUUCUGUUAUGGUGUGAUGUUUAGUGACAUUGAAAUGUUCUGAUAUAAAAUCAGGGUUUCAAUUUUCUUUUAUCUGCUUGUCCUUACCCCUUUCCUGGCUGUGUACUCUUAUUGAGAAGUCAUUCUAGUUAAUGUUAUACAUCUUAUGACCUGUAGUGCUUUUUGAUAUAGAAUAUGAACCAUAUAUGGUAGAAGAAAAUGAUAACGUUCUUUUCUGUAAUGCUAAUUUACACUAAGUUGAAAUGUAACCAUGCAUGUCUUAACUGUUAAGUAUGGUUUGAGUCAUUUCACUAAGGUCAUGAAAUUGGAUCAUUUGAUUUUGUACACCGACAAUUCAUUCUGUGCUGUAAUCUCUGUGUCUCUCAGGAGUAAGGUUAAAACCUUUGAGGGAGGUCUGGUAGUCUACAUGACUGUGUAAUGAAUUUGUUUAUUACAUAUGUAGAUGUAGACAUGUUUUGUUCCUCUGGAAUGUUGAGUACGCACUACAUUAAAAUGUAGGAAAGCAAAAGUUUAUUUGUGAUAUUAAUGUGAAAAUUGCUCUAUAACACUCUUUCUUUUCAAGGAAACUUUAUGAACAGAAGAAAAAAUGUCCAUUUCUGUACCUAAUU